GCAUUGCCGGGGUGGGCGGAGUCGGCCUGGUUGAUGUGGGAGGGUUAUUAUCGCUGGAUAAAGGUUGAGGAAGAGUAAUAAAAGCGGACGGAGGGACGGAUUUUACGCCGGGUUUCGCAGAGAUCUACUUCAGAUUAGGACAACCAUGAAUAAGGACACCGAGAUUGACAUGAAAGACGUGGAGCUCAAUGAACUGGACCCCGAGAAGCAGCCCAUGACUGGAGACGGUCAGGCAGCAAGUGGAGAGAAGAAUGGCAGCAUCAAGCUGAAGAUUCCAGAGGAUGAGGUCGCAUUCACCGGCCUGUCGAAAGAGGAGCUGAUGAGGGUUGCUGGCACCCCGGGGUGGGUGCGAACCCGUUGGGUGCUCCUCAUCUUGUUUUGGUUGGGCUGGGUGGGCAUGUUGGCCGGGGCUGUGGUCAUUAUCGUCCAGGCUCCACGCUGCAAACCCAUCCCUGAGAUGAACUGGUGGAAUGAAGGACCCCUGUACCUGAUCUCUGAUCUCCUCACUUUCUCAGACGGACUCAAAGGUGUUGGGUCAAAGCUGGAUGCCAUGUCACAGCUAAAGGUGAAAGGUCUGGUUCUUGGCCCUCUUCACACGGUCCAGGCUGACCAAGUAAACACCCUGAGACUGACGGACAUCGACCCAACCCAGGGAUCAAAGGAGGAGCUGGACGCUCUGCUACAAGUGGCGCACAAGAAGGGAAUCUCUGUGGCUCUUGACCUGACUCCAAACUAUGAGGGAUCUUCUCACUGGUUCACCAGUGGGGAUUUUACAGAGGUGCUGGAUCAGCUCAAGGCUGCAGCUGAGUAUUGGUUCAGCGCCGGUGUUGAUGGCAUCAAGCUGUCAGGCCUCAACACGCCCUCCGAUUGGUCGAAGGUGCAGGCAGUUGUCCAGGGUAACAGCACUGAGAACUCCCAGAAGAAGCUGUUGAUGGGUACAGUUGAAGGCUUUCCAGUCUUGGAGGUGCCUCAAGUUGUCAAUACCUCUGGUGUGGAUCUAUUCCUGUCUGACAUCCUUGUCGCAAAUAACGAAGGUGGGGCGCUCAUCAAAAUCAUGGACGCCCUCCACACUCAACACAGGAAUCUGGGAUGGGGACUUGGCGCCGUCCAAAAGGACCACAUGUCUAAGCAUGCAGGAACUCAGGCACUGAUCCGACUUUACCAGCUCCUGCUCUUCACCAUGCCCGGGACGCCAGUGUUUACCUACGGAGACGAGAUUGGCCUUCAGGCAUUUGAUACCAAAAAUCCCACAAUGCUGUGGGAUGUAGACAAAGAACCUGUGGAAGGAACUCCCGUCAAUGAGACUGCUGAGGCUCAGCGUAAAGAAUAUCUAGCAGUUAAGAAAUGGUUCAAAAGCCUCAGUGAACUGCGAGGGAAAGAACGUUCUCUCCUUUACGGCGAUUACUACCCUCUCCAGUCGUCUCCCUCCACGCUGUCCUUCCUCCGGCAGUGGGACCAGAGCGAUCGGUACAUAACGGCUGUCAACUGGGGCUCGGAGGCUGCGACGCUCUCGCUGUCACCACCAGGUGGGUUGGAGCUGCCGGAGCAAGCCAAAGUGAAGCUGUCCACCUAUGAAGCUCUGGAGGUGGAUUCCACAGUCAGUCUUGAAAAAAUCACGCUGGAACCCGGAAAUGGGGUCUUACUGCAGUUCCCCUACACCACUUAAAGGUGGCAGUAAACUCCAGAAAAGCUGUCUGCAUAUUAGGCCCAUUUUAAAAUGAAACAGUACUUGGUCCUAUAGGUGACACAUUUGGGCAGAAUAAAAA